GUCCACCAUGAUUGCAAGAGCCUCGCCUGCCUUCAAACGGAGCGCCAGCCGUGCCCUUGACGCGACACCUUGCCAUCGCUCGCCAACCUCCGCCAUUGGAGACUCAGAGCCAGUCGCCUAAAUAUACUUCCUCCGCAGAACCACUUGUGAGCGUUUGUUUCCGAGGACAACAUGGGUGUGAUUAGGAAGCUUCAGUCAAGGGCUAAAGUGAUCAGCUUUAGCGAGGAAUCCGUUAAUUCAUUGGGAAUUAGCCAGCCACCAACCCCUCCUUCGGAGCCAGAAACAACUGAUGUGCCGCCUCCAGCCUUUGUCCCUCAGCGCCGCGAUCCUCGGCUGCUUAUUCAGCGGCUGGAGCAGCACCACCACCACCAGCGGAGACGCACGGGUGCAAGGAAGACUCGAAGGGCUGACAAUGCUCAAGCUUUGCAAACCCUGGUUGAAGAUGACCAGGAAGGUGUCAAUGACGAUAUGGCCGUUGCACCCAACUCUGAAGGCAUAUUCACCAAGCUCUUCAAUGAUUGUGACAAGAUGAGGAUCUGGCAGUACUUCAUUUCUCUGAGUGAAGACAGGCAAGAACAUUAUUUGAACACCAUUUGUAAAAGGAGAGAAAAUACAAGAAGCAGUGGCAUUGGUGGAGUUUCCUUUACUCAACGUGUCAAAAACAUUGAAAAGGGGAAGAUGGAAGAGCCACUUGAGGAAGACGGAUUCACCGUGAUUCCACCAAUGAGUGACUGUCGAAAUAUGCACCCAGCUUAUACCACUGAGCAACGUUUUUGGGAAGUGAAGCCUCAGUUGCGCAAAAUGCUGAAAGGAAGGCAGUUCCCUGUGGGUAUCCUGAAGGACCUAGAAGAUGAAAUUGUUGAGUUGUUUACUGUAGACCCAACAACAGUGUACAUAACCCAGGAACUUACUAGUUUCCAGCGCCUCUUAGUCCAUGCCCUCUGCGAGUACAACCUCUUAAGUUCUAAAAGUUCAACAAUGACAAAUGUUCGGCGAACAAAGGUGGAAAAUAAAGCUGAUUGUUUCCACGCCCCUGAAGUGUCACUCAAUCAAUAUAUUGAAACUUACUAUAGGAGUAAAUACUAACUUCACAAAAAUGAAAAGCAUAACAACAUAUGAAGUUUUGAGGAUAAUCCUUUCCAUAUUCAGAUAUAAACUUGCAUCAGAUGACAGACAGAAUGACUGGGAAAGGAACAGAUUUAUUCAGAAUAUUUCACAAAAAGCACUUUUGUGGUUUUGAAAUCACUUUGGUUAGGUUAUAUAUAUUUUGAUCCAUAGAUGUUCCUGCUUCACACAAAUCAUUUUCAGUGCCUCCCUUAUUUACCUGCUCAAAAAGCAUCCAGAUUAAAAAAUGACAGUGCUUAAUGUUUGCCCAUGUUCUCCUAUUUUAUUGUAUGUCUUGAAUUGUUUUCUGCAUAUUCAUAGUGGUUGAAUAUACAACAGGUUAUGCUUUCAGUAUAAAUUGGCUUAGAAGUUUACAUAAUGUAACUGAUUGUCCUGACUUAUGUCUGAAUGUAUUCUAAUUGGAAGUACUCCGAUAGGUUUACAUAUGUAUAUAUGUAUGUAUGUCUCCUGCUUUAAGGACAUAUUCUGUUAUUACCAACCUAAUUUUGUUGUAUAAACUAUUGACUAACAGCUUUCACUAUGUGUGUUAAAUUUUAAACUUGUAGUAUUUAUGUAUUAGUAAGAUUAUUAUUAACCCCUUUGAUCUGGAUAGUGUGACCAUCAUAUUAUGAAAAAAUUUGGCUUGAGGGGGCAGGUGACAUGAACCUGUUGUCAUGGGUGAUGCGAACUUGCCGUUGUAAGCAUUUCAGGUGUAAGACAGGGUGACAGAAAAGAUUUGCCACGAGUUCCCAAACCUCUUGAUAGGGUACAUAGACUCAUUUGGAGUUUAGAAAGGAGUAUUUUUAUUAUUCCCAUCAAUGAACGAGUGUGGAAUGUAGUGUCUGUGAGUCAUGACUGGAAGAAUGUUGACUCUAGGGAGGACAUCCAUGCUCAGCAUCCUAUUCUUGGCCGCUGUGACCGACAACACAGGUUGUAUUACAAAAAAUUUGAAUAUUACAAAAAAAGAAAAAAGAAAAAGAAAAUGCUUAUGCAUAAAAAGGUGAGGCAUAGUCUUUGUUUCUGCACAUGAGUGUUCGCAUGCACCUGGCCUAUAAGCCACGCACCUGGUAGAGUACCCACUCGUGUGAGUCUAAAAAAGCCCAUAUUUUGGGCCAUGUGAUUGCCAUGAAGCACCUGGACCCAAGGGGUUAAUAUGGCUAAAAAUGUUAUUCUGGGGCCUUUAAUUAAUUGUCAAGAAAAUAUUUUUUACUAUGAACCUGCAAGAUUUACAACCUUUAACACAGAGGGCAAAAAGGCAUGCCCUGUCCACAAUGAUUAAAACACAUUCAUUUUGUUUACACGUAGAUGGCUUCAGAUGUGCCUUGCCACCAAUAUGUCAGUUACAAGGCCAGAAUUUUCAACAACAAAAAAAAUUUAAUUACUAGCAGUAUUAAUGUUUUAAUAAUAAUAAUAAUCAUUGUUAUAUUGAUAAUGAUAACAAUAUUAGAAAUAACUUUUCCUGAAAAUUCAAAGAAGAGGUUGAACAUGUGAAGCCAAGUAGUCCUAAUAAAGUCUUUUGAAGUCAUCUUGUGUAAACGUAAUUGACAAAUCAAAACUAAAGUAGACAGUGCACGCUCCCAAAACCAAUGGGGUUGAAACCCUAUGAUAUUGGUAUUUUUUCAGUUGUAUAAUAAUUUGUUGUAUAAGAACAUAACUGAAAGCAGUUACACAUAAAAUAACUGGAGUAGAAUGAAUUUAGCAAGCAUUAUAUUUGUUACUGCUUAUUAGGGUACAAACAUGACUAUAGAUACAUUUUGUGAAAACAGAAAACUGAGAUAUCAUACAUAAUAUACCUUUAAACAUA